UUUAGGCAAGAAUCUACUUAAUGUGUAGGGUGCUUCAGCUUAGGAAGGCAGCUCAAGAAAAAGCUUAUGCUGUACGUGCUGCUGCUAUAUCACAGUUCAAGUCCAUGCUUCGGGAACGAGAAGAUAUUACCUUAAAUACACGGUGGUCAAAGGUAAAGGAUAGCUUAAGAGAUGAUCCCCGUUAUAAGUCUGUUAAGCAUGAGGACAGAGAGGCUUUAUUCAAUGAUUAUCUAUCGGAACUCAAGUCUGCUGAACAGGAAGUUGCACGAAUUGCAAAAGCAAAACAUGAUGAAGAGGUGAGAAUACUCUUAUUUCCAUCUUUGGGGCCUUACUUUUCUUUGUUUUAA